GCGUCUCUCUCAGUUACUUCCCAGCCCGGCUUGAGAGCAGCAGCCGAUCAGGCGACAUCCUCCCUGCGUGCGGGUCGCUGUGCGGUGCGUUGCGGUGCGGGAGGACGGAUCUGCGGGACUCUAAUUCUCCGCCUGCGUGCUCGGCUUUCUUUCUUUUCUGUCCUUCUUUCCUCACUUUGGGAGUUUUAUUUUCUUUCUUUUCGGACCUGUUUAGAAUGAGAACCUCCAUCCCAGCUCCUUUGGUUUCUCUCAUCCACACAUCCGCUCAUUUUGUUCAUUUCGACCAUCCGACCUCAUUGUUCCAUUUUUGUGCUGCUGUCACCCACAGUUUGUCGCCCUCCACCUCCACCUCCAGCUCCAGCUGAACGCGGAAUACCUCAGCCUGCUGCUGUUGGAUGUUGGCUCUUUUUACGCAGAGGGAUUUCUAUUUUCUCUGAAGGAUGAUGGAUCUCUAACGCGCUGCGCCCUGAAUGAACCAACCGUGCGCUCUUCUUUUUUCUCUGUUUUUUUUGUGUGGAGAUGCUCUGAUCGGAGCUUGUUGGGUCCGAAUGCGCUGGAUCGGGAUAUAAUCUGAAGAUCUUUUUGUUUUUCUGUUGUUGUUAUUUUGUUUUCUGCGUGGACACACACGGCUGUUCCCCCUCUGAGACGGAGUGUGCACCGCAUCCAUCCCGGAGGCGCGCGGGCUCACCAUGGGGGACUCGAUGUGGAGAUAUUAUUUUGGAGUUUUCUUCCUCGCCUUCGAACUGGACUUGUGUCGGCCGCUCAUUCUGGAGUCCAUCUACUGGAACACGACCAACACCAAAUUUGUUCCGGGCCAAGGCGUGGUUUUGUACCCGCAGAUCGGGGACAAGCUGGACAUUGUGUGCCCGCGCGUGGACGGCGGGGUCGUCGACGGCGUGGAGUAUUACAAGGUGUACAUGGUGCCCAGGGAGCAGCUGGAGAGCUGCACCAUCACCAAGGCCGACACGCCGCUGCUGAACUGCGUGAAGCCCGACCAGGACGUGAAGUUCACGCUGAAGUUCCAGGAGUUCAGCCCCAACCUGUGGGGGCUCGAGUUCUUCAAGGGGAAGGACUACUACAUCAUCUCUACAUCCAACGGCACCAUGGAGGGCAUCGACAACCAGGAAGGGGGCGUGUGCAAGACCAAGUCCAUGAAGAUAGUCAUGAAAGUGGGGCAGAAUCCUUCUGAUCCCGUUUCACCCAAAGACAUUCCCACCAGAACGCCCUACAAGCCCGGGUCGCCGGACGACGAGAGGGAGAAAAACGAAGUCCAGCUGACACGAGACAAAUCCAAAUUAGAAGACGGCGGCGGCUCCGGCGGCGGCGGCGGCGGGAAAUCGUCCAGCGCCAUCGGCUCCGAGGUGGCCAUCUUUGUGGGCAUCGCCUCGGGCAGCGUCAUCUUCAUCAUCAUCAUCGUCAUGCUGGUCCUGCUGCUGCUCAAGUACCGGCGGCGGCACCGCAAGCACUCACCGCAGCACACGGCCACGCUGUCGCUCAGCACGCUGGCCACACCCAAACGCGGCGGCGGCGGCGGCAACAACAACGGCUCGGAGCCCAGCGACAUCAUCAUCCCGCUCAGGACUGCUGACAGCGUCUUCUGCCCGCACUACGAGAAGGUGAGCGGGGACUACGGACACCCCGUCUACAUCGUUCAGGAGAUGCCGCCGCAGAGCCCCGCCAACAUCUACUACAAGGUCUGAGGGCCGGGAAAACGAAAACGCAGAACCCGGACGAGCCCCCGGUCGGAGCGAAACGAACCGCCCCGCUCUUCCUCUCUGUCGACUCCUCCUCCUCCUCUCCUCUGAUGUUUCGUCACUAGUCGUUUCCUCUCUGAGUUUUCGCCCUUCGCUCCGGGUCGGUCACAGCCGGCGCAGACGAUGGGGACGAGUAGCGAAGCCGCCGUCGCUCGCCGGGAAGCGGAACGGACAGCCUCUUCUUCGUUUUCGUCCACCGGGAUUAAGUGAGUGGGAUGGGUGGAUUUAUGGAUGUGAAAGUUUUUGAAAGUGUGAGAAAAAGACAGACUGCUCUUUUGGAAACAGAGACUUUAACGAUGGGAGAAAAAGCAGGAAGUGGGCGGAGCUUGAACUCAGCUGAGCGGAUUUACCAGCGGGAUGCAGAGGGAUUCCCACACCGGACCUUUUGUGGGACUUUCACCCACUCACCUGUCCACCCACAUGACUACCAUCACACAAACACUCACCUGUGCACAGAAACAGACUCACGGGUCAAUGUGACGUGUUGUCGAUCACAGCAUCCCUCCUCAUCCUCAGCUCGGUCUUAUUUCGCGUUUUACUUGAAGGUUUAGAGAAAAAAAACAUGAUUGAGUCUCUUUGUUUAGUUCCACAUUUACUGGUUUCGUUCAUAUCUGUUUUUUAUACUUUUACGACGGCGUAUCACGGCCACUUUGGGCAGAAAAAAAGGAGCAAAUUUCUGCCAAAAAAAUCACAGAUUAAUGUCUGAAGUUUUCUAGGAAAAAAACGUAAAAAUUUCAGAGUUUCAAAAUUCUAAAUAUUGCGAUAAAAAUAAAUUUUGAGAUUAAUUUCUGAGAUUUUCUAGAAAGGACUUGGAAUAUUUUGAGCUCAGUAGUAAAUUUGUGAGAAAGAGAAUAAUCUCAGAAAUUUUGUAGAUUAAACAAGGAAAUUCUCUGCAAAUUUACAAAACAAAAAAAAAUCAGAGAUUCUCUUGAAGCUCAGAAAAGUUCUGACACUCAAAAAUGUUUGACUUUAUGAGCUCAGAAAAUGGCAAUAUUUUUUCUAGAACGUUUCUGUGAUUAAUCUCAAAAUUUCAGAGACUUUUUGUUGAAACGUGGAAAUGUCUGCUCGAAAAAUCAAAACGUUCAACAUUUAAAAAUUAGAAAAUUUCCAAAAGUCAAACAUUAUCAACUUUACAAGCUCACAAAAUGUUCAAGUUUUUAAAAAAUUACUCUGAAAAUUUCUGAGCUUUUUUCUCACAAAUUCUAAACUUUUGGACCUAAAAAUUGUCCAAGUUUUCUGUAGAAAAUGUUGGAGAUUAAACUAGAAUUUUCAGAGUUUUUACUCUUGCAAAUGUUCAACUUAUGGAGCUCAAAAUUGUCCAAGUUAUUUCUUGAAAAUUUCUUACAUUAAUCUGAAAAUUUCAGAGUUUUUCUUCUCACAAAUUUUCAACAUUUCUAGCUCAGAAAAUUAUUGAGAUUAAUCUCACAAUUUCUGAGUUUUUUUUUUUGCAGAAACUUCCUCCUUUAUUUUACUUUCCGUCUACAGCGGUCCUGCUGCGACGCCGUAAUCCUCUGGAAUAGUUCGAGUGCAGAUAGAGUUUUCUUUCCCUUUCCCCGAUGUGUCAUUGAAGCUCACGCGUGGCAGCAGCUCAGUUGAAAACAGGAGGAGGUGGAGGACUUUUCUCUUGCAUAGCGCAGCACUUUUAAGCCCUCCUUUUUUUUUUAAACGUUCGUCCCUCCACUCUCCUCCGCCGGAGAGAGACGCGGCGACGUCCGGAGAUGGGAGAGCGGCCAAGAGGGGCAAUAAGAAAUCCAGUUCGCCUUACUGCUGUAAGACCUGGUGGAGGUCAGAGCGAAGCAGUUCUAGGUACUGUAACGGAUCCCUCAGGGGUCCGGUGAUGACUAAGGGUACCCUAAGGACCCAAAAUUCAGCCUGGCCGGUGCUCUCCUAUUGUUUUCUGUAAAGCACAGGAACAUCAGCUUAAACUUUCACUGUUUUCAGUCUCCAUUAGCAUUUCCUUCCUGUGAGUUUUCAGUUUUUCUUUUUUUUUUUUUUUUUACAUCCAAUAGAUGUACAUUUAAAAGAGAAAAAAGGACAUUAAAAGAUGAAAA